AUGAUUGAAUUGGAUGCUAUAACCAUGCUUACAGCUCAAGUAGCAGCUUUGACGAAGCAAUUACAAACGACUACACUCCCAUCUCAAGCUAUGCAAGUUCAAAACAUUUGUGAAGUGUGUGGUACAACCCAUCAACCAAACCAAUGCCUUGCUAUAGAUAUGAAUAACAUGCCCAUGGAAGAAGUCCAAGCCAUAGGAAAUUACCAAAGACAGCCUAAUAAUCCCAAUUCCAUGACCUAUACCCCAGCUUGGAAGAACCAUCCAAAUUUUUCAUGGUCCAACAAUCAAAACACUCUCCAACCUUAUCCUCCACCUCAGCCACCAUAUCAACCUACCCAAAAUAGGCCACCUUAUCCACAGCAAUAUGCACACCAAAAUCAUCCACCGGGCUAUUAUCAACCACAAAAUAGACCACCUCCCCAAAUGUCAAUGAAACCAGCUGAAACCCAACCUGAUGUGCUUAACCAAUUCAUGACUGAAACUAGGGCAUCCAUAAGAAGUUUGGAGACUCAAAUAGGGCAAUUGGCUACUUUAAUGACUAAUAGAGCUCAAGGGCUAAAGAAGAGUCAGUCAGAAGAAGAAGAGAAGAAAAUGGAUGAUAAAAAGGUUACUGAAGACCUUAAGGAAGAAGAGGAGACCCCACCUGUAAAUAUUGAGCAUCAUGUUAGAGUUCCAUAUCCACAAAGUCUUCGCAAGCAUAAUUUGGAUAAGCAGUUUGCAAAGUUUUUAGAGGUGUUCAAGAAGCUACACAUAAAUAUACCAUUCACGAAAGCAUUAGAACAGAUGCCUAGCUAUGUAAAGUUUAUGAAGGAGAUUCUCUCUAAUAAGAGAAAGAUGGGUGAUUACGAAACAGUGGCGUUAACAGAAGAAUGUAGUGCGAUUUUGCAAAGAAAGCUUCCUCAAAAGUUAAGAGAUCCUGGGAGUUUUACCAUUCCGUGCACUAUUGGGGAGUUUGAAUGUAAGCAUGCACUUUAUGAUUUGGGGGCGAGUAUUAAUUUAAUGCCUUUGUCGGUAUUCCGGAGGCUUGAUUUGGGGGAAGCUAGGCCAACUACAAUAACAUUACAGCUGGCUGAUAGAUCUGUGAAGCAUCCACGUGCAACUGGGCAAGCAUUGAUAGAUGUGCAAAAGGGAGAGUUGAAGCUGAGAGUUCAAGGGGAGGAAGUAGUAAUUAAUGUGUUUAAGGCUAUGACUUAUCCUAAAGCAAGUGAUAGUUGUUUCUCAGUUGAUGUGGUCAAAGAAGUAGUAGAAAGAAAAAAAUUAAGAGAGGAUCCUCUUGAGUUGAGUCUUACAGUUAAUGAUGUAGAUGGUGAGGAGAAUGAAGAGGUGAUGAGUUAUUUAAAGUGGAUAAAAUCAGCUGUGCUGUGGAAGUAUAAGAAGUUUGAAGAAUUAGGUGCAGGACCAGACAGACCAUUACCAUCGAUUCAGAAGCCACCUGUUUUAGAAUUGAAAGUUUUACCGGACCAUCUCCGCUAUGCUUAUCUUGGGGAACAAAAGACUCUUCCAGUUAUAGUUUCAUCAUUUCUUUCGGAAGUAGAGGAGGAGAAGUUGUUGAGGGUUCUACGAACUCAUAAAACUGCUAUAGGGUGGACUCUGGCUGAUAUAAGAGGAAUUAGCCCAUCAACACUUAUGCAUAGAAUUCUUAUGGAAGAUGAGGUGAAAACGACUAUUGACGCUCAAAGAAGACUUAAUCCAACAAUGAAGGAAGUGGUAAGGAAAGAUAUUUUGAAGUGGGUAGAUGCUAGAGUGAUUUACCCUAUUUCUGAUAGUGCUUGGAUGGUGUUGAGAAGGUGUGAGGAGUCGCAUUUGGUACUUAAUUGGGAAAAGUGCCACUUUAUGGUUAAUGAAGGAAUUGUAUUGGGGCACAAAAUUUCUAAGAAAGGAAUUGAAGUGGAUCGGGCCAAGAUUUCUACUAUAGAGAAUUUGCCACCUCCAAUUUUAGUUAAGGGAGUGAAGAGUUUCUUGGGCCAUGCGGGGUUUUAUCGGAGAUUUAUCAAAGACUUCUCUAAGAUCUCAAAGUCGUUGUCUACCUUGUUGAUGAAUGGGGUUCCUUUUGAUUUUAAUGAUGAGUGUUUGAUUACUUUCAAGACUCUCAAGGAGAAGCUCAUUUCAGCACCGAUAGUAUGUACACCUAAUUGGGACCUUCCAUUUGAGCUUAUGUGCGACGCUAGUGAUUAUGCGGUUGGAGCGGUUCUUGGGCAGCGAGUGGAUAAGGUAUUUCGAACUAUAUACUAUGCUAGUCGAACUUUAAAUGAUGCUCAACUAAAUUAUGCAACAACAGAAAAAGAACUUCUAGCCAUAGUUUAUGCUUUCGAUAAGUUCCGUCCAUAUUUGAUCGGAAAUAAGGUGGUAGUCUAUAUGGAUCAUUCGGCAAUAAAGUAUCUUAUGACUAAGAAAGAUUCUAAGCCUCGUCUUAUUCGGUGGAUUUUGUUAUUACAAGAAUUUGAUGUGGAGAUUAAGGAUAAGAAAGGUACUAAGAAUUUGGUGGCUGAUCAUUUGUCUCGUUUAGAGGUUGAGAAAAAUUCUCUUGAUAAAGAAGUUCAGAUUAAUGAUGCUUUUCCGGAUGAGCAGUUGUUCAAAGUGAAUGUUUGCAAGGAGGUUCCAUGGUUUGCGGAUUAUGUUAAUUAUUUGGCUGCUAAGGUUAUACCCCCUGAGAUGACAAGUCAUUUUGGCGGAACAAGAACAGCUGCGAAGGUUUUGCAAAGUGGGUUUUACUGGCCUACACUAUUUAAGGAUGCUAAUGAUUUUGUCAAAAGUUGUGACCGUUGUCAACGGACUGGGAACAUAUCAAGAAGAGAUCAAAUGCCGAUGACUGGUAUUUUGGAAGUUGAGCUAUUUGACUGGUUCACUGCUCUUUGUGCUCGCUAUGGUGUUCAUCAUCGAAAGGCGUUAUUCUAUCACCUAAUUGCAAAUGGCCAAGCUGAAGUAUCGAAUAGAGAAAUAAAAUGUAUCUUGGAAAAGACAGUAAAUACUUCGAGGAAGGAUUGGUCGAAGAAGCUCAAUGAUUCACUCUGGGCUUAUCGCACGGCAUUUAAAACUUCGAUUGGUAUGUCACCAUAUCGAUUGGUGUUUGGUAAGGCUUGUCAUCUACUGGUGGAAAUGGAGCAUAGAGCUUAUUGGGCUGUAAAAAAGUUAAAUGUUGAUCUCUUCAUGGCGGGGCAGAAUAGGCUUAUGGAGUUAAAUGAGCUUGAGGAAUUCCGAAAUGAAGCCUAUGAGAAUGCGAAGAUAUAUAAGGAGAAGUCGAAGGCUUUUCAUGAUAAGAGAAUAUUAAGGAAGGAUUUCCAACCAGGGGAUAAAGUUUUGCUCGUUAAUUCUAGGCUUAAACUUUUUCCUGGUAAAUUGAAGUCACGAUAG